AUUAUUUUUAUUAUAAUUAUAUCAGUGUUGUUUAUCUAUAAAAAAUUUCAAGGUUUGUAAAUGUAUAAGUAUAUUCAACGUUCCAAUAGCAAGGGAUUUCCUAAUCUUAAAUAUAUCGUUGAGUGCAUAUUUCUACUUUAAAAACAGGUACCUACUAGCUGAUCUGUUAGUUUCAACUUAUAAAUUUUAUAUCAAAGACGUAGUACGAUCUGUUACGCAAUAAAACAAUCAUUCAAUUGCCUAGUGAGUUAGGUACAUUAUGGCACCGAAAUUAUAUAUGGCGGAAGGUAGCGCAGUUGUGCGAUCUGUUUUGUUAACCGAAGCUGCCAUCGGCAUCUCUUUGGAUUAUAUUCAUGUCGAUCUGGAGAAAGGUCAACAUUUAACUUCCGAAUUCCUGAAGCUGAACCCAUUGCACACAAUACCUACUCUAGUCGACGAUGAUAAGGCAAUUUUUGAAAGUGCCGCAAUUAACAUCUACUUGGUGGAGAAGUACGCGAAGGACAAGUCGUUUUAUCCAAGCGACCCCUACGAAAAGGCGCUGGUUAACGAAAUACUAUUCUUCUGCUCGAACAAGUUCUUUCCAACGGCAGCGACGAUCAUUAGACCAAUUAUGCUAAUGGGCGCUACGACCAUCAAUCCUGAAGACGUGGAUAGACUGAUUGAGGUUUAUGGGUUGUUAGAAACAUUGCUGAAAGGGCGGGUUUGGGCGGCGGGUGAUAAGGUUACUUUAGCUGAUUUUGCCUUAAUCCCGCUUGUAUCAGGAAGCGAGGUGGUUGCCGAGUAUGACAGGAAACAAUUUCCCAAUAUUAUACGUUACUUGGGAAAAGCAAAGAGCCUACCUUACUAUAACCGUAACCAAAAGGGGGAUGAGAUGUUUAAGACCGAAGUCUUAAGGAGACUUAACCGUUCAUAAGGUAAAUGGAUGGAAAUUUUUAUUAGUGGUCGUUAUUUCUCGACAAAGUAUAAUGCUUAAUAUACGUUGAAAUCAAA